AUGGAUAGAGCUUUGAUGGCUCUCUCGCUGGAAGAAGAAGAAAUACCUUUUGAAAUGCCGGAUCUGCCGGGAUUUUGCUCGAACGAGAAAAACAAGCUCAGUUUGGUGGGUAGAAUGCUAAACCCAGAAUGUCAGAAUAUGUCCAACCUUAUCUGGAGAAUGCCAAGAAAAUGGCAAAAGGAAGGCAAAUGUAGAGGGGUCGCGCUUUCGAGGGAGAGAUUCCAGUUCUUCUUUGAUCACGAGCACGACUUGCUAGAUGUAUUGGAGAAAGGAGUACAUACCUGUAACGAAUGGGCUUUGGCGAUAGAGAGAUGGGUUGAAGAGCCACCGGAUGAUUACUUACAGUACAUUCUGCUCUGGGUUCGCAUAAGCAACAUUCCGGUGAACUACUAUACCAAGGAAGCUAUCAUGGCGUUGGGAGAUUUGGUAGGGGAAGUGAAGGAAUUCAUUUUCGACCCUACAAAACCUCAAACCCAACCGUAUGAAAGAGUCCAGGUGCGGUUUAAUGUGGCUAACCCGCUGAAGACGUCGAGGGUGGUCAAUCUCAAGGGAGCAAAAGCGGUGACCAUCCAUUACAACUAUGAAAGAAUCCAGAAGAGAUGUUUCACUUGCUUCAGGCUGAACCAUGAACAAAGUAUAUGUCCCCUUGUAGUGAAGAAAAGAAAAGAUGAAGCUUUAGCGAGGAGACAGAAGAUCUCAAAGGAGUUAGCACUGAAAAAACCAGUUCUUGAAGAAGGAGAUCCGUUGUUUGGGGUUCUCUCAGAAGAGCAAGUAAGAAUCAAUGUGGUUACGGGAAGACCAAAAAUCGUCAAAGAGGUAUUAGAUGAGAUGAGACAGUACCUAACAUUGACGACUGAUGAAGACAGAGCUGUCAGAGAAGAGCGGGUAAGGAGCUCGGUUGCAGCUGUAGAGAAAGAUCCUAUGCUCCAACGCACUGUGUUAAGACUAGAGGCACCUCCCAUAGUGUCUCGAGAUUUUAAUAGAGGAAAAGGGAUUGUCUUCAGUUACAAGGAGAUGGAGAGGCAGAAAGAGGAUAGAGUUCCACAGGAAAAAAUAAUGGCGUCUGCAAUAAAGGCUGGCAUAGCUGGGAAGUGGAAUGAUAACAAUGUCAUUAUGGCUGAAAGUGCUGAUGAGAAUUGUGGCCAGAUUAAUAUGGGUUCUUCUCAGGGUUCGACGGUAUUUAGCACUGGUUUCUCGGAACCUUGUGCUUCAACCGGGACCAAGAAGAAACCGUAUCAGCGCAGGCGACCUCCAAAGUCAAAAAGGAAGCCGAGGCCUUUGAUGCUGGAAGAUAACGAGGCAGGAACUCUAUGGGAUAAAGCUGCAGGGAAAAGAGUGGCAGGAAGUAAAAAGAGGAAGGUAGAAACUGAAGUUGGGGAUCUUCUAGUUUCGGAGAAGUCUAAAACCCUAAAGGUGAUCCCAAGGGAGGGAUCGCCCAGCCUUUAG